GAGAAGUAGAGGAAAAACCACGGAUUUGAGCUCUGUCAGUGGCGCUUUCUGCUUCCAAGGGGGAAGUGCUGGGGAAUAAUUAAUGUUUUUAUUAAAUUUGGAGGGAAUUUUUUGCAGCCGAUCGCCUUGCGUUACCUUCAGGCUGCUUGCAGUCCAGAUCCUGAGGAAAGCUGCAGAUCAAAUGCCCAGAAAAUAAGAGUCAGCUAAGACUUGUGGAAGAGCUGCAGGAUGGAUGGAUUUUAUGACCAGCAAGUGCCUUACAUGGUCACCAAUAAUACGCGUGGGAGAAACUGUAAUGAGAGACCAACAAAUGUCAGGAAAAGAAAAUUCAUUAACAGAGACCUGGCUCAUGAUUCAGAAGAACUCUUUCAAGAUCUGAGCCAAUUACAGGAGACAUGGCUUGCAGAAGCUCAGGUACCUGACAAUGACGAGCAGUUUGUGCCAGACUAUCAGGCUGAAAGUUUGGCUUUUCAUGGUCUCCCAUUGAAAAUCAAGAAGGAACCCCACAGUCCAUGUUCGGAACUUGGCUCUGCUUGUAGUCAAGAACAGCCAUUCAAGUUCAGUUAUGGGGAAAAGUGCCUGUACAAUGUCAGUGCCUAUGAUCAGAAGCCACAAGUGGGAAUGAGGCCCUCCAACCCACCAACGCCAUCCAGCACUCCUGUGUCACCACUGCACCAUGCAUCCCCAAACUCAGCUCAGACUCCUAAACCUGACCGGGUUUUCCCUACUCAUCUUCCUCCCUCCCAGUCCAUUCAAGACAACAGCUUUCCUAUGGACCACAGAUUUCGCCGCCAGCUCUCUGAACCUUGCAAUUCUUUUCCACCUUUGCCUGCAAUGCCAAGGGAAGGACGCCCAAUAUACCAACGCCAGAUGUCUGAGCCAAACAUCCCUUUCCCACCUCAAGGUUUUAAGCAGGAAUACCAUGAUCCAGUUUAUGAACACAAUGCCAUGGUUGGCAAUGCGGCCAGUCAAAAUUUUCCCCCACCUCUGAUGAUCAAGCAGGAACCUAGAGAUUUUGCGUAUGAUUCAGAAGUGCCUAGCUGCCACUCCAUUUACAUGAGGCAAGAAGGCUUCCUGGCUCACCCAAACAGAACAGAAGGUUGUAUGUAUGAAAAGGCACCUAGACAGUUUUAUGAUGAUACCUGUGUUGUUCCAGAGAAAUUUGACAGUGACAUCAAACAAGAACCAGGGAUGUACCGUGAAGGACCCACAUACCAGCGACGAGGCUCGCUUCAGCUGUGGCAGUUUUUGGUAGCCCUUCUCGAUGACCCAUCAAAUUCUCAUUUUAUUGCUUGGACUGGCCGGGGCAUGGAGUUCAAACUGAUAGAGCCAGAAGAGGUGGCACGUCGCUGGGGAAUUCAGAAAAAUAGGCCAGCUAUGAACUAUGAUAAACUUAGCCGUUCACUUCGCUAUUAUUAUGAAAAGGGAAUCAUGCAAAAGGUUGCUGGAGAGAGAUAUGUCUACAAGUUUGUUUGUGACCCCGAAGCGCUUUUCUCCAUGGCCUUUCCAGAUAACCAGCGCCCCUUGCUGAAGACUGACGUGGAGCGUCACAUCAACGAGGAGGAUACUGUGCCUCUGUCCCACUUUGAUGAGAGCAUGGUCUACAUGCAGGAUGGUGGCUGCUGCAACCCCCACCCCUAUAAUGAAGGCUAUGUGUAUUAACAACAGUGACAGUGAAGGGGACAUCUUCCCCUAUGCUUCUCCUCUUUCAGAAGACCUGGAGGAAAGCUAAAUCCACUCCAUUCUGUUUUUUAAAUAGUACACUAAAGGGGCUUUUCCUGUUGCAUUACUCCUAUAGUCUGCCAUGGACAGCGCACUUUAUUUGAAAGGGGAGGGUUGGAAUCCAAACAUUUAUUCUGUGUAACAGGAGGAAAAGGGUGGGUUUGAUUUUUACUUAAGUUUGGGAAGGGAACAUACAGGUUUCAAGUACAAUGAAGCUAUAUCAUGUCUGUUUUGUUUCAUAUCAGCAUAAGAUAUUGUACAUUUUCUCUGGGUAUCCGUAGUACAGUUAAUUCUUACUGUGCAAAUUAACUGCUUGGAUAAUAUCAUCAGAGUAAUAUGCCUUGGGCAUUGUCUCUUGUCAUUCCUAAUUGUUUUUCUGAAGUUUAUAAGAAGGAACAAAACAUCCAUUGCAUAAUUCAAUUUAGAAGCUCGGAGUGACUGACCCUGCACCUUCUUUAAAAAAAAAAAUCUAAGAUUUCUUUGCCAAUCUCUUGAUUUCAAUUUUGUUUUUUUAUUGCCUCACAUAAAGCACCCAUCUAAUGGGAUAUUAAGCAAAGUAUAGUGACUAAGGAGCACAGUUCCUGACUUCACACCCCAUUUAUGCAGGCCUUUGGCAUGGUGUGCUGGAUUUGAUGACACCUUGUGUUGCAAAUCCAGGCUAUCCUAUGCUUUAGACCUUUCAAAGUCCAUUUGAGGGGAAUAAUUACAUGUGGUGGGUCUUUCUGAUUAGUGUGUCAGCAUUAAAUACAGGAUCCUGAUCAGUGGAAAAAACAUUUUGUUUCCUUCCAUUUCCUUUGGUAUAUAAAUAAGUUAUUUAAUCAAUAGGAAUUAACUGUACUAAGUCACAUAUCUAAUUAUGCUGUUUAGACACAGCAAGCACUCCUUGAGAAAAAUAUCCAAUACACUAAAUAGGUACUUUAGUAAUUUUUAGACACGGUACCCAUUAAUAUGCAUUUAAACCUUUUACUGCUGUGUUAUGUUGAUAACAUAUAUAAAUACUAGAUAAUGCUAAUGCUUCUGCUGCUGUCUUUUUCUGUAAUAUUCUCUUUGAUGCUGAAUUUAUGAUGACCAUUUAUAAGCAAUGCUGUAACUACAGGUAGCAUUUCAGGACAAAAUAGAUGACUUGAACCAUUUAUUGCUUAGAAAAUAGCUUAUGCCAUAGCUGUGCUAUAAGCAGCUUUUAUGCGCAUCAACAAAUGAAUAGUAAGCUUCAGCUUGCUAAGGGAAGCUCUGCGGAACCUUUUGUAACUUUCGGUGGAACGGAGACUUAUACGAACUGUCAAAGAAUACAAUGAAGUCACUGUAUGACGUUGUAGUGCUGGCACUGAUGUUAUCAAUCAACUUGUUUUGGACACUAAAUGUAAAUGUGAUCAGAUAUGUUUGGAAGACAAUUUACAUUUUGAGGUUUGCUUCUUUUUUAAUCAUUUUAUUUUUGAGAGGGGUAAUCUUGAAAAAAAAGCCACACAUUAUUCUUCAUGUAAAAUGAAAAGAAAAAAGAAAAUUUAAAUAUUUAUCAGCACCUUUUCUGAACCUUAAUAUUUCCCAUUUUGAAGGGGGUGGGAGUAAAAAUGGGAUUUGAAGUGCACAGUGAGCUGUAGAAUGUGGUACUUCAUGGGAGAGCCUCUUUCCAAUGGAUGAUAAAUCUAGGGGAGGGAGGAUGAGGAACAAAAAGCAUAAAACAACAAUAAUUGUCAUUGUAAUGGGUGAGAUUUCAGAGAUAGUCCUAGUUGGUGGCUUAAUUUUCUACUUUGUCAGUCAAGAAACCAGUUAGCUAUAAAUGAUUCAUUAUGCAAUUCAUUCAAAACUAAAAAGCAGUGGACACUGGAGAUGGCAAGUGCAGAAAAACAAUCUGGGCAUGCAUCUAAUUCAUCAAAAUCCAUGAGGCAGUGUGUUUGAUGGGUGCAUAUAUGCCUUAAUAUGUCAUCUUAUUUUGUCUCUAAUUUAUAGGUCUCUAUUGCACUUAAUUUUUUCAAUGAUCAACCCAAAAUCAAAGCAAGAACUCUGAAGCUGCAGAAGUCUCAUCAAGAAGGGGGGAAAUUAGAAUGUUGAAAAGUGUCGCUUCCAUUGAAAUAAGGCCCAAUGAAAUAUGCUUUGAUGAAAUACCUGUGAUUGGUUUUGGCUCUUAUAGUCAGUGUGGAGCACCUCCUGUCUGGAGCAGGAUGUGGGAAUAUUGGGGAGAGGACAGAAAUGAGAGAACAUUCAUCAAAUGUGUAGUAUUUAAAGAAGAAAAUUUAUAUAUGCUGUAUAUGGUAGUGAUUCACUGAACAAAACAAGCAAUCAGCCCAACAUUACAUUCUCUCUCUGCAAAAGACGGAAAAAAGUUCUUUCAUUGAACUAAUUAACCCUUUUGAAAGUGCACCUAAAAGGAUUAUUUAAAAUUCUGUUUUUAUUUCACUUUUUUGUUGUUUUUGUUUGUUUUGUUUUUUUCAGGUAGAUUAAUAAACCUGGCAGCUGAUUUCUGUGAGAA